ACAUCCUAAGGUUAGGUUAGUUAACGUCUAAACAUAAACAUGCCAUCCCCAUCCUCAACUCAUUAAUUUUCUCCCCUCGGAGCCGCAAUCGCACAAUUAACCCCGGCAUAGAUCGACAGCUAUUCUACCAACUACCGGGAGACGAGGGCCCUGUCCCCUCGAUUUCACUUUCCCCCAGACCUACAUACGUUUGCCACCAGGCAUUGGCCGCAUCGAUCCGAUCCAACCCGCUCGUUCACCUGCAGUCUUGACUGCAGCCGACCGAGUACUACAUCACGGACUUAUUCAUUCAUUUAUUCACCCUAGUUACGACAAAAGAGAGACACCCCCGGCGGCUAUUUGCCUUCAACAUUCGUCCUUGUUGCCUGUCAUCGAAUUAUUAUUAUUAUUCUUCUUCUUCUUCAUUAUAUUAAACGCCUUCGUCCUCUUUUCUCUCUACAUAUCAUCACCAUUCAGUCCCCGCUGCUCCAACGCCCCGCCAUCAGAGUACCUUGACGACAUACUCACCCUCCGCCCGACCGAAAGUAAAUCGCCUCAACCAUUAAUUCUCGCAGUCAUUAUAUUCUGACAGCGCUGUCUACGAAACCGAGACUUGCAAUCCGUCGACCCAUCGCGAUAAUGGAUUCCAACUGGAUUGACGCCAUCGACCCGGCGUUGAGUCAGAGAAGACCAAGCACUGCUCCUCCGUCGUGUGACGAAGAAAUGCCCGCUCUCCUUGAACUGUCAGAUUCCCAUGAUCGAACCCAAGCGAUGUCCGCCGUUACAUGGCCCACGAACGAAAUUCCGGUUGAGAUUUUCGAGAUCAUUAUUUCGUACCUCACCCGCCUUGAGGUCAGAUGUUUGCGACUUGUCUGUAAAGAAUUCGAGGCCAAGGUUUCUGCGCAGUACUUUCGAAAUGUUGUCGUACCCUUCAAGUCGGAGCUUUACAGCAAGUUGGAUCGUGAUGAAAACGGAGCAUUUAAGCGCACAUCCUCUGCUCUUCUCUCAAAUGGGAUGCGCAUCUUCCAGUCUUUUGGUCCACACAUCCGGCGCUUUGCGCUGUCUUUGGAGCUUGACGAGGACACGCUCUCAUACCCCCCAGUGAAGCCUUCGCAAGAAGCUGUUCCCUCUUUUUGGGGUAUAUACCGGUGGCCACAUGGCACCUACCACCGAUAUACUGAUCUUGAGGGUCUCGAACAAACGGCUGACGAAACUGAGGCCAUGAAGGAGGCGCUUAAGUGCUUGGUCAAAGUCACAAAUCUUGGACUCUGUUGUGAUGCUGGUCUUGGAUUUCUGUCGGGGCCUGAUCACAUCGCACGAGGUGCAACCACUCUCCAUCCCGUGUUUGCAACGCAGAAUUGGCGUCACACAGGUUCUGAGUCACAAGCUCGGAAGCAACCAAUCGUCACCAUGUCCGACCUGAAUGAGAUGGUCAAGGAUUUUAGAAAGCCUGUGUUCGAGAACCCCAUUAGUUUCAAGCGAACAGUACUGCAGAAGAUGGCGUCAGAUGCUGGGUACUCAGGUGCCCAGAUCAACGAAGCUGUGCUAAUGCUGUUGGAGACUGAGGGCACCAACAUCAACGCAAUUGACUUUGAUGAGAGAGCAACCAUUAUCAAUGAGAUGGAAGCUAGACGAGUAAUGGCACAAAACACACAUCGUGCUGACUUCGAGCCCGCCACCGCAGAGGUGGCCAAUCAUCCGCUGAUUCCCGCCAGUCUCACAAGAGCACAAAAAGAAAUGCUCCUCGAGCUCGAGUGGGCGCAUCGCGCCAUGAUCCAGUCCUAUGUCAUUGGCCUUAUCGACAAUGCCCGAGACAACUGCUUCAACAAUCUUACUACCAUCACGAUUGCCAAGAUCCCCAGUAGCCAUGUGUAUAUCCUGUGUCGGCAUGAGCUAUGGCAGAACCUAUCGUCUCUCAGCAAUGUUUCGCUAGGUGUUAUUGCCGACUGGCGACGCGUUUCCAAGUCUGCCCCGGGUUGUGUAGAAGAUGACACAGUUUCUCCUGUCGAGGCUGUUGGUAAGGUUUAUCAGCUGCUUAACAAUUACAUUGGCGCUCAGCGCCACAUCGAAAGCCUUCACUUUGAAUGGAUCUGUGGUGGAGAGUUUGCUCCUGGGACAUAUCAGCGGAACCACCACAUCCUCCCAGCACCGUUCUUUGAACAGCCUCAACUCAUGACUCGCAUUGAUAGCCCCAAAACUAAUACGGACGAUCUCUUGGCAUUACCCUUUAUUAAACAUUUGUCACUCAAGAACUGCUGGGCCUCACCGCAUGUCCUUUUGCAAACAAUACGCAAUAUGGCUUUGUCCACACUCGAGAAGCUCGAUCUGGAAUCUGUGUCACUUUCCGGUCCACCGACUCUCACUCCCCAAGCUCCGCUCCAGCAAGCUGGCGCAGCAAACAAUGCUCAUCUGCUGAACAUGAUCGGGAUACACCCUGCACCUCCUGGUGUGCUGGUACCUCCGCCGACCAAUAUAGCGAAUGGGGUUGUUGCACCAUUCCCAUUCAACGCGACGGCUCAGCAGCUUGCAGGAGUAUUUGGAGCGGCAUUCAUGCCACCGCCACCACCCAAUAAUCAGGCUCCUCCGCCGCCUCCUCCGCCUGCACCUAUGGAUAUCUUACAGCAACCAGAGGUAUUAUCUUGGGCAGGCAUCAUAGAGCAUUUCUCCCCAAGCAUCAAGAUCAGAGAUAUUUUGAGUGCCAGAGACGAGCUGAGUUUGAGUAUCCCGAGCCAACCAGCCUUGGACCAGCCAGAUCCCCUAGCGCAGCACAUACCUGCGCCGCAGCGCCUACGCUCAGAUGAGAAGAAGUAUACUCUGAAGUGCCUCUCCUUCAAGUCCUGUGGGUAUGUUACAGUCGACUCACCGGCUUUAAAUACCCGGAGUAUCUUGCCGCAUGGCGCUCAAGGCCUUGGGGCCAACGGCAAUCCGCACAGUCAAGAUCUAUCGCCUCUGAUGCAGAAGUGCCGUGACAAGCUUCUCUGCCGAAUCGUUCCUUGCUUAAGGAACCAGGAGCUACUGCAACUUACAACUGCUUUCGGGAUGGACAUGGGAUGGGCCAAUAUAUAUGAUGAGCGUACAAUUUACGACGCUAGAGCUGAUGGUGUUGAGCAACCCGGAAAAGGUCGGUUCUCGGGUACAGUUGAUGCUGCCAGUAUUCCAGGGGCACGAGAUAGCGAGGCCAUGGUGAGCCUAGACUUCUAGAUCAGGCUCUACGGUGACCAUGCUCAAUUCCCCGUUCCCGUACGGAUCGCUGUCCCUUCCCCAGUUGUGGGUAAUCUUCUCAAUCAACAACUAUUUGGCUUACCGCUUGGUAACCAAGACGAUGGUCAGGCCCCUCCGUAAGGGCUGGAUGAUCAGGACGACGUACAGUACCCACUGUUGCUAAUAGAUGACGACUCACCAUGGACAGAUGGUGAGAACUAAACGGUUGGGCUUAGCAUGGAUGUAAUAGAAAAGGAUGGCAUAGGCGUUUGGUAAUUGCUUUCGAAAAUUGGUAUGGAAAAAGGCAAUUGGGCCUCACAGAAUUGGACGGGAUGGCUAAUGUCGUAAUGAUCGCUGAAUGAAAAUCGAGCCAGGGGACUUUGCUCCCUAUCGCAUUCGCUAUGUUGCCAGUUGGAAUCAGUUAGGUUUGCUCAAUCAAUAGCUGCUAGCAAGCAUUGUAUAUGUAAUGAUAUCGAGGAUUAUGAAGGACAGUGUGAUAUAUGUUCACUGUCGCUGAAUCCAGAGUCAACCUGAUGCAAUGCCUCACUCGUGACGACUAUCGCCAGUCUACGGGGUGCAUGUUGACCUUUACUAACUAA